AUGAAGAAGCUGGAGCUAGUGUUCCUUACAGUAACGCUGUGCAGUGUAGCUACAACAGACUUGUCUGGGAAAGUUUUCUCCUUUCCACAACAAGGAAGCACAGCUCACGUGCGAUUGGCCCCAUUGGUGUCUAAGAUCCUGUUCUCCACCACCGUCUGCCUGAGGUUCCGCACCGACAUAGAUAACUUUGUACUCUUCUCUAUGGACACACCCGCACAAACAAACAGUUAUGCAUUCUUUAGAAUAGAAGGCCAAGUUUAUCACUUCUGGGCUUCUGGCAGCAUGGAUGAUUUCUAUGGCUUACCAAACAACUUGAAUAAGUGGAAUUCUAUAUGUGCAACCUGGGAUGCAGGCACUGGUAUGGCUCAGUUGAUUAUCAAUGAGAUCCACAGUCUGAAGAAAACUAUUUCUGCUGGUGGAUCUAUUUCUGGGCCACCCAUUAUAAUUUUAGGUCAGGAUCAGGAUAGUUAUGGAGGAGGGUUUGAUGCAAGUCAGUCUUUCAUUGAACAAAUUAGAGAUGUGCACAUGUGGGACCAUGUCAUUUCUACAUGUGAAAUCAAGAGCUACAUGCAGGGUUUCGUGCACAGGCCUGGUAAUUACCUUAACUGGGCAAGGAUGGAUUUCUCUAUUCAUGAAUGUGCUGGUAGAGGAUUUUGA